CUCAUCAGACCGAACUCGAAGCAGACGUCGCAAGAAAACCUCGCGCUCGGAUUGGCCCGACGCUCCAAUAUGUCGGCCGACACGACUCGAAACAUAGUAGCGUAGCCUGAUGACAAUCUUAUACGCACGCGCUCACGUGAAACUUGCCAUACUACUGCCGUUCUAGUACUUGCAGCACAAUAUACACUCAGGCCGAGCUGUGUGUGUUCCAUUCCAGUGCACAGUACUGUAAAUAGCUAUAGCGCACUAGUUCAAGGCUCGGAUCUGGCACAGUUCGACAAUAACGAAAAAAGAGCGCCGCAUCGAGCGCUGCCACUUGGGUAUCAGACGCGUGUGCCGCGUCUUCGAAAAUAUAAGCGAAACGAAUUAGAAAUCGUACAUAUAGCUAUUGCAAGUGCGGUGGGGGCGUAGCAGAAGACGCUCUGCGUUGUGGAGCAAUAGAGAGAGAGAGAGAGAGAGAGAGAGAGAGAGAGAGAGAGAGAGAGAGAGAAGAGAGGACGCCGCCUCAAACGAGCGCAAUAAGUGGAGUCAAUUGCCAGCCGAUUGGAUCGGAGUAUCUGUAAUACCUCGGCUCUCUCGUCUACGCGCGUAUACCACGCCAAAGACGCGAUUCAUCGAUCACGCGCGCUUGGUAGUACUUACGCUCAUCUCGUCCCGCUGUGUUUUCAACGCGCAGUGCAGUGCAACGGACGCUUGAGGAUCGCAACCCUCGAACGGCAACCCAAUUUGUCGGACCCGAAAAACCACCCUCAGCCUCGUCGUCCUAAUGGCCGGAGUCCAAUGGAGACGUGCUGCGCGUCCACGUAGCUCUCUGUCUCUGUGACUCAUUGGCCAUCGCUUUAUCUCGCGUGUGAAGGCUGUUACCGAUGGCCAUCAGCUUCGAAAUCGAGGAGUCGUCCAAGUCUAAUUGAGGUUAGCUUUGUUUUUUGUUGCACUUCAUGCGGAGAGCUCGCGGAGAGGUGGAUUCAGCCGGCAGUGCCCCGCCUUCUCCUCGAUUUACCUACAUCUCUGCGCCUUGUCGCAGCAGAACACGAGCUUCAUUUUGCGCGGCUGCUUGUUGACAUGUUGAUGGGGAAUCACUGACGAGAACAGCAACUCUUGCCAGCAUGUACGCUCUACAGAUGCAGAAUGCCUGCCAGGGCGAAGGCGAUGGUGAACCCCAGCCAGAUCCUUGUUCACAGAACCCGGAGCCUGCCCCGACUACCACGCAGGAUUGUAGUAAUUUUGAUAUUGUCAGAGCUACACAGUAUGGAGCUCUGGAUAGAGUCACAGAAUUGGUAGAGGCAGGCGCGGACGUUAACCAGCCUGAUGCCGAAACAGUCACUCUGUUGCACUGGGCUGCUAUUAAUAACCGCAAGGAAAUUGUUAAGUAUUUGAUAGCAAAAGGAGCUACCGUAGAUGCCAUUGGUGGAGAGCUAGCUUCCACACCCUUGCACUGGGCCACAAGGCAAGGGCAUUUGGCUACUGUUGUCAUCCUAAUGAGAGCUGGUGCUGACCCCACACUCAGGGACUGCGAAGGCUCAUCCUGUAUCCACUUGGCAGCUCAAUUUGGACAUACAGCUAUAGUUGCCUAUCUAGUCGCAAAGGGUGUUAAUCCAAACAUGCCUGACAGGAGUGCCAUGACACCGCUGAUGUGGAGCGCUUACAAAAUAAACAGCUUCGCAUAUUUUCACAGUCUAGAUCCUACUCGAUUGCUCCUCACAUUGGGAGCCUCGCAUAGUCUGACUGACAAUCUCCAUGGAAACACAGCGCUGCACUGGGCAAUUAUUGCUAAAAAUAACACGGCCAUUAAAACGCUGGUUCAUUAUGGAGCUUCCUUGGAUGUUCCAAAUUUUAAGAAUGAAACGCCCAUGAUGCUGCUGGGACCUCACAUAGGAGCAGCUUGGUUGGGCCACAAAUUCAGUCAUGAAAUAAGACAAAAACAAGGACGAACAAGGGUUUGGUGUCGUGAUAAGAGAAUACGAUGGUACUGCAUGAUAAGCACUCCUUUUAUAAUAUUUUACGCGAUUGGAAUGAUAUUUCAAAGCGGCCUAGAUUACUUGAUAAAGUUGGUUGCCUUUGUUGCUCUCUAUAUUGCAAUUCAUACUGCAAGUAACUAUAUUUAUGACGAGAGACUUUAUUACGUUUUGCCAAUGUCGAUUUACUUAGCAACUAAGAUGUGGAUAUACGUUACUUGGGUCUUUUGGCUCGGGAUACAUGCGGCAUGGUAUCUGUGGCUUUUACUAGUCGGUGGUUCAGUUCCUCUUUGGAUUUGCUUUUUACAAUCUUGGCGUGGAGAUCCGGGUGUAAUUAAAGCCUCUCAUGAAGAUAAACUUAAUUGUAUAAUAGAAUUAGCAGAAAACGGCGGCUUUGAGCCUCAAUUGUUUUGCCAUACUUGCUUGGUGCGCAAACCCAUACGAUCAAAACACUGUUCUGUAUGCGACGUCUGCGUGGCACGGUAUGAUCACCACUGUCCUUGGGUAAACAAUUGUAUCGGUGCUCGGAAUCAUAAAUACUUUCUUGGAUUCUUAAUGUCCCUCUUGGGUCUCUGUAUUGUAGUAUUAACCGCUAGUAUUCAGUAUUGGCAGUUCGAGUGUUGGACAAAUCUUACCGACGGACACACUGCUGAUAACUAUCUGAUUGCAGCUGCAACCUGUGAUGCAUGGAUUAUGUGGGUCACAACAAACACUGCUCUUCAUUCAUUUUGGGUUGGAACUUUGCUCGCUUGUCAAUGCUACCAGAUCAUGAUCCUGGGCAUGACAACAAACGAACGUAUAAACGCUGGUCGUUAUAAACACUUCAGCAAAGGAAAUCCAUUCCACAGAGGAGCCUUACAGAAUGCAGCUGACUUUUGUGAUUGUAGCUUCUGCGGUUUGAAAGCCAAACCCAGUACUGACUGGCUUCACAGUUACGACUUGAAACAGAGUGUCGAAAAAUUGCCUUUACUUUCGCAAAAAGACAAUUACCAAUACGUCUAAUUUUCGAUUAUACAGCGCCAAAGUUGCGAUUCUAGUGAUUUAUUUUGCUGGCGUGAAACACGUAAAGCUUCAAACCAAAAUAUGAAGGAAUAAGUGUACCUUGGACAACGAGAUACGAGAACAGUCUCACUAAUCUAGUCAUCAAAUACUGACAUGCGAACACAAACUAUAGUAGACGCAAAAAAAUCAUCAUAUCACGCGAACCGAAACGUGAAUACGUUAACAUAUUGUGCCAUCAUAGAAAUCUGCAACGGGAUGAGAUAUGUUUUAAAAGGUUUUUCUAAUUCCUUGAUCAUAAUGUAUAUAAAAUCUAACCCUUUAAAGCAAGAUUCUAAUGUAAAGGUUUAGAAUGGAAUUUGACGUAAUGGAAAAUUGUAUUCAGUCGAGAAGUUGUACUUUAAGUACAAAUCGGAAUUAUAGGUGCAGUUUCUAUAGCUAUAUUGAUAAAAAAAACUAAUUAAAUUGAUUCAUGAAUUUUGCUUACCAAAAUUCUGCUCUUGUGAUGUAUUACUCAGAAAUGACAAUGUGCUUCAAAGGGUUAAUCAUCUGCAGUUUUAUAGCGUAGAUACAUAAAUAAAUGACUGAAAUGACAGAGACACCAGGGAAGGUACCGCACCUCUACUGAUAUCGUAUUGUCUCCAUGAACUGCGCACGUUGCUGUACUCGAUAAACGAUGACACGUUCAUCGAGCGAUUUAUUCGUUUUUAGGGUGUAGUAAAAUUCAUCCCUCAGCCGUUCAAUAGCGGUUUAAAGUUUUUGUCGUUUUAAAUGAUUAGUCCACACAGGAUAAUAAAAUAAGUUGUCGAUCACGGCCGCAUCUACCUUACCUUGUACAUUAAGUUUUUAUAGGAAUCCUCUCUUAAUUUUAAACUCAAGAAACUCUCCACGCUUUGAACAUUCAAUUACAGAUGUAAAAAUUUAACAGAUCUUAGGUAAAAACAAAUUAAACGUAAGCAUUUUUUUUUAAGUUUUCAAUAAUUUAUUGUAUUGUGAAAAAAAUUUUUACAGUUAUACUUUAUUGUCUGUCCAAAAAGUAUCAUUGUAAUCGUAAUAAAACAAAUUUUUUUACCAAAA